AUGCCCGAAGGCUGGAUGAAGGAGAUGCAAGCUAAGGCAGACGAAGGUAACGAGGACAUGACCCUGACAUCGAACUCUGAAGACGAGCGAGACGAAGACAAGAAACUUAGGCCGAUCGGUGUUGUUUCUGCUCUCAUGGCGGCAGGCUACAUCUACUUGAUGAGCAAGAAGGGCGGGAAGGACACUAAGGACCCCAACGCUCUCAGGAGCGUAAUAGCAUCCAAGACCAUCCGAACGAAACUGGGCCGGGCAUACGACUACAUCAGCACGCCCGACUUUCGGACGGAGUGGCACAUGGGGGCGGUGGAGGUGGCUGGGCCAGCCAUCGAUCACUCUGCUGUGACAGGGGAGCUGUUCUCGGAGGAGAUGAAGUUUGGAGGAAGCACGUGGCACGUGGAUUGGACCGUUCUCGAGCGGCAGUUCCCAACGUCAGCGAGCACGCACUUUGCUGAGUUCGUGCUUGAAGGGAAGCGAUGGGUGGAGAGCAUUCGGAUCAAAGGGGACAAGAACCAGGAGGCGCAGGCUGUGCUCGUGGAGAUGGAAGUGGCGGUGAGUGGCGAGGGGAUCAGGGCAGAUGAAGAUGGCAAGAUGCUGCGGCGAUCGAUCUCGAGGGGGCUGAAAGACUCGCUGAAGCUCCUCCGGCAGAGGAUCGCAGACUGA